AUGUUUGAUAAUAUUGAAGAUUCAAUGAAAAAGAGUAAUAUAAAAGAUCCAUGGCAAUACUUUUUAUCAAGAAAUGUUAGUUAUGAUUCAUUAAAUUGGAAAGAUAAAUAUAGUUGGUUAAUGAUAUUAUAUUAUAUAAGUGAUAUUGAUGAUAAAAAUAAUCAAUUUAAUAAUAAUUUUAAUUCUAUUAUAAAAGUUAUCAUUUCAAUUAUAAAAACUAUAGAUCAAAAUUCAAAAGUUUUAUAUGUUUCAUUUAAUUUUUUAAAUGAAUUUAUAUUAAGUAAUGAUAUGGAAAAGAAAGAGGAAAUUAUAAAGUAUCAUGAUGAUAUAUUCAAUUCAUUAUUAUUUAAUUUAAAGAAAUAUAGUGAUCAAUCUAUUGAUCAUGAUAAUAAUAAUAAUAAUAAUAAUAAUAAUAAUAAUAAUAAUACCUCAAAUGUUUGUGAUUCAAUUUGUGAUUUAUUAAUUUCAUUUAUCGAAAAUAUAAAUCCAAUACUAGUUAAUCAAUAUAAAGAAACAAUAAUUAAUACAAUUUUAAAUUCAAUUCAUAAAAUACAUUCACCAAAUUUUAUUCAAAUAAUUUCAACAAUUUUUAAUUUACCAGAUAUAUUUAAUGAUAAAUUAAAUAAUAUAAAUUAUUAUAAUAAUAUCAUACCAAUUUUAUUUAAUAUUUUUAAUAAUUACUAUACUAGUAUAAACAAUAAUAAUAAUAAUAAUAAUAAAAAUAAAUAUAUAGGGAAUGAAGAAUUUUUUGAAGAAGAAGAUUAUUAUUAUUUUAAAAUUUUAGAAGCAAUUAGUUUUUUAGUUUUAUCAGUUGAAAAGAAUAUUGUAAUUCAAUCAUUUAAUAAUGAAAUUAAAAGAUUAAUAGAGUUUACAUUGAACCUUUUAAUAAAAUUCAAUAUAUAUGAUAAAAGAAUUGGAAUUUCAUUGAAAUCUUUAAUUAGAUUAAUACAAUGUAUCGAUUCAUUACCAUCACAACAAUUUAUACAAUUAUUAAUGUCAAAAUUAUUUUUUAUAAUUAAUGAUAGUUAUUCAUUUAAUUCUUAUUUAGAUAAUAUUAUAAUUGAAAACAUAAUAACAGCAAUUGAUAUUGUAUCAACAUUAAUUAAUGACAGUGGUACAAGUAAUUUAAUAAUACCAUAUAUUGAAAAACUUUAUAGGGUUUUAAUUGAAUCUACAAUUAAUUUUAAUCCAACAUCAAGUAGAUGUGGAACUAAUAUUGAAUCAAAAGCUAUACGAUUAUGUCUUUCAAUAAUUAAUAUUUAUUUUAAAACAAAUCAACCAAUAAAUUUAAAACAAAUAAUUUUAGAAUCAUUUCAAUUUAUAAUUAAUUCAAUUGGUGUUGAUAGAAAACCAAUUUCAGUUUCAAUUAAAUUAGAAGUCUUUUCAGAAUUAUUACAAUUAUUAUUACAACUUGAAUUUCAUUUAAAACAACAAAAUCAACAACAUCAAGAUAUAAUUAAAGAUAUAACAGAAUUAAUAAUAAAUUUAUUAUCAAAAUCAUUUUCAACACUUCAACAACUUGAAAAGAAUAAUAAAGACAGAUUAAAGGGUAUAAAAGUUAUUUAUGAUAAUAAUGUUUCAAAUGAUAGUGGUGAUGAAUUAUCAAGUGGUGGUGGUAGUAGUGUUGGUGGUAUUGAUGGUGAUAAUGAUAUUGAUUAUAAUGAAAAUGGUCAAUAUAUCAAUCAAAUUGAACAUAUUGAAGAUGGAUAUAAUGAAUUAAGUAAUAUAUUUCAAAUAAUAUGUUAUAGUAGUGAUAAUAAUAAUAAUAAUAAUAACAAUAAUAAUAACGAUACAGAAGAAAAUAACCACAAUAAUAAUAGUAGUAGUAAAACUAAAAUAGUUGAUAGAUUUAUAAAAGAUUAUUUAGUUACAAUUUUAAAUUUAAUUAAAAAAACAACAAGUUUAGAAAUUAAAUUAAAUAUGAUAUGUGUUUUAGAUUAUUUAUUAGAGAAUAAUAGUAAUGUUGGAGUAUUUAGAAAUUAUUCAAAGAUUAUAGAAUUAUUAAUUGAUAUAUUCAAUUCAUCAUUUUCUACACCUUCAAUCAUUCAAGCAACUUCAUAUGGUAUUGGUGUUGUUGCUAAAAAAUCAACUAAAACUUUAUUAUUUAAACCUUUUUUAAAUAAAUCUUUUCAGCAAUUUAAAAAUUAUUUAUUAUUUAUAAAUAAUAAUAAUAAUAAUAAUAAUAAUAAUAAUAAUAAUAAUAAUAAUAAUAAUAAUAAUAAUAAUAAUAAUAAUAAUAAUAAUAAUAAUAAUAAUAAUAAUAAUAAUAAUAAUUCAAAUAAUAAUAGAAAUUAUGGAGAUGCUAAAGAUAAUGUAAUUUCAUCAAUUGGUAAAAUAAUUAAAUUUCAAAUUAGUAAUGAUGAUGAUGAUGAUGAUGAAAUAACAAAAGAUAUUGAAAAUGAAAUGAUUGAUAUAUUUAUUAAUGGGUUACCAAUUUUAAAUGAUUUAGGUGAAUUAAAUUCAAUAUUAGAGGUUACAUUAUUCAUAAUUUUAAAGUACUCAAAUUUGAUUUUAAAUAAUCAAUUUUAUUUAGUAAAGUUAUUGGAAACUAUAUUAAUUUGUUAUGAUAAUGAUAGUAAUCACUUUUUAGGUUUAACUUUAAUAAUAGAUAAUAUUUCAAAUUUAUUUAAACCAUUUAAACAACAAAUUUUAAAUUCAAUAACAUCUUUUAAUUUACAAUCAAAUAAUAUUCAACAUAUAACAAAUUUAGUUAAUAAUUUAUUUUUUAAUAAAAUAAAUAAAUAA